GCUGGCUCAGUUGUGUUUAGGCUUGUGUUUCUGUUUUGUAUCAUGAAUUUUGGCUUGUAUUUCCCUCUGUCAUUAGAAUUUACUCGAGGUUUUUUCACUUCUUUCCUCGCGGACGAAUAUGUUCAACAAGAGAAAGACAGCGAAGCUCUCAUUUAGUAGAGCUUACAUGAAGUGUUCAGAUGUCUUUUGGAAAAUGGCUUCCCUGAAAAGUAGAGUUGUCGAUUUGAUUGCGAGAAAUCUUCGGGAACCUAAAGGUCUUGGGGGACAUUUCAUUAGGGUAAGUUUCUCUUAAAAGUUCCUUAUAAUGAAAAUAUUCGCAGAAAAUUGUACUGCUGAGUAAAAAUUCUGAGAACAGGACCAUACUUACAGGUUCUAACCUGACUUAACUCACCAAAAAUUUUUUACAACAACUUAAAAAGCUUUGUUCAUGCAGCUUAGCAAAAGGAUUGAGAUCAAGCUAAGACUUAACCAUCAGUACUGUUAAAAGAUAAUAGAGAUUAUUUACGCUAACAAAAGGAAAGAAAAUCUCUGGACAUGUAAACUAAGCUUAUCACGUGAGGCCUUUUUUCAAUAUUAUGCAAUAUUAAAUUUAUCAUCCGAAAUUUUCCCUUCAGUAAUUUUAAAAUAGGUUUGUUUCUGUUUAAAUCAAAUUUCACUCACAAAAUUGUGGUUUCUCAAAAUGUUGGAUAGAAUGUGACCAAUAUAACUCACCUAUAUUUCUGCUAUAUUAUAAAGUCUAUUUACAUGUAUAUCUUUAAUCUUCAGAUGCAUUUCUAUUAUUUGUACCGUUUCUUAAGGAUUAUGUAAUCAGAGAUGCCAUUUAAAUGAGUGAACCCGCACUUUCGCAUCAUAUUAGAAACCCUGUACACUAGAAAUGGUUGUAUGCUGUUAAGGCUUUUAUACUACUACAUGAGAAAUUUCUGCAAUUUGAUUGGCUUAGAGCAGUUGUAUUUCAGCUUAAUUUGAAAUACCCACAUGUGAAAAUUACAAACUUUUUGCGGCUAGUAGUAUAAACAAUUAAUAGCAUGAGUUGCAUGUGAUAUUUGGCAUAAAUACCACUCGUGAUAUUUCAAAAUUGUCUCAAAUUUCACUCGCCUAACGGCUCGUGAAAUUUCGUGUAACAGUUUUGAAAUAUCACUCGUGGUAUUUAUGCCAAAUAUCACUACAAAUCAUGCUAUUACCUAUACUAAUUUGUCCCCCAUAUUAUUGUAAAGGUUCAUAUUAUUCAGACACAUAAUUUUUGAAUCUGGGUUAACAUUGCCAGUAAUUAAUAGAUGUAGAAAGUUGAAUGAGGACUUUUUAACCAGGUAAAGAAGUUUUAUGUAGGUGUGCACAUAUGUAUUAGACCAUUUUAAUUCCUAGUUCCAAAAAAUUUCACUUUCAAGAAUAAAUGAGGUGAAGGUUGGGUUCGAUUGGGAAAUCCGGAUUUUGCAUUUUACAUUCAAACGCAAGAUCUGAAAACAAAUUUCACCUCUGAGAAAUCCGUCCUCAGGGUGGAUUUCAAUUAAGAAAAUCCACAUUUUAUGGAUUUCCUAAUUCUUUCAUUUGAUUGGGAAAUCCGAAAAAGGAUUUGUAAAACCAUUCUUGUGAACAGGGGUCUUCUUUUUGUUAAUUAUGUGUGUGCGUACAAGACAGCUGUUCUUAAGGACAGUUUUUCAAAUCCAUUUUCAGUUUUCCCAAUCAAACGGUAAAAAGGGAACCCAAAAACAGAUAUCUUAACGUUGAAAUCCCUUUUUUUGGAUUUCGCGUUCAAUUGUAAAUCCGAAAUCCGGAUUUUAAAAUCUAAAUUCAGAUUUCCCAAUGGAACGCACCCUAAGUGAGAACCUUUCUUGUGAAAAAUGUAAGUCUUAUUUGUAUAAGACUUUGCACUUAGCCUUGCUUUGAAACAGAGGUUCAUGGCAACUCGGUAAUGGACUAACGGCAUUGUACCAAACUCUCAUGAAGGCAUUUUUUUUUUUUACAGAAGUGGAAAAUAUGAUUUUAUUUCCUUCUUAAUAUAAAUUGAAGAAUUACAGUCUUUGUCGUUGUGUAAACAACUUGCAGGUUAUUCUUGAGAAGAGGAAUACAGGUUUGGAACGUGAAAUUGUAAAGCAUUUGAAUAUCCAGCGCGAUGACAAAGUUAUUGAAGUUGGGUUUGGUCCUGGUGCUGGGUUAAAUGCUGCUCUGAAAAACCUGGAGCAUUGUUCUGGUAAAGUGUAUGGUAUUGACAUCUCUGAGCUAAUAGUAAGUAUUACAGUGAGGCUACUCGAACUUAAUAGCCUACAUCACAGACAAUACUUAACUCGAGUUUAGUCUGUCUGUGAAACAGCGCCAAAAUCCUUGUUAUGGGUUCUCAACUGUGUACCAUGAUUGGACUGUUAAAAGAGCCAUUGUGGAUUUCCCAAUCAAGAUUAAAGGAAAUUCGAAAUGCUCUUUUGGUAAUUUGUUGAGGGGGACAUUGGGGGUACCCUAUACCGCAAUACCAUACGAAAAAGUGGCAAAUACAGAAAUACCAUGUUGAAAAUGGACGAAAUACCGAUACUGCAUUUCAAUGAUCGGUGAUGCUUACUUAACGUUGUUAUCCAUCUCGCGUGUUUUUUUAUCUCAAGCAUGUAUACACUAGAAAUCUACUUCCACCUUCGCAAGAAAACGUGAGAAGAUCUCAAAUUGAUCGGUACAACGAUCGAAAAGCCAGGUCAUUGGAUGUCAUACCAAUUUCAUCAUAUAGUAACUGUCAGAAAUUGUGUAUUCAUUUACCUUUAAGUCUCAAGUCUUCCAAAUAAUAUUGACCUACAUUAGACGGGAGAGGCCAAAUGAACAGUACCGGAAUACCGUGAAGGAUCUUCUUUUUAAUACUGAAUACAGUUAGCCAGAAGGAUAAAAAACCACAUACCGGUACCUUAGGGCUGGAUGAUACUGCAAUACCGCACAUUAAAAUCCAAAUUACUGAAAUACUGCUUGAAAAAAAGCUCAAUACCGCAAUACCGUAAACCCCCAUGUCGCCCUCUUCGUCGAGUCUGUUUGGGGCCCAGAACAAGGAAUUGAUGCUGCUUUGCAGAUAUUAUUAAUUAACCAAAGUUAAAUUACCAUGUGGCAUUAAAUUUUUGCGGGUUCUAAUUUUUGCAAUUUUUUCCAGCGAUCCACAAAAAUAAGUUCCCACAAAUAAAUAUUAUCACAAACAUUUUUUCCCGAAAAAAUUUACUCUACACAAAAAUACAGUACUAAGAAAUCGUGUCUGUUCAAAUGGACCAACAGAUUCUUUUUUUUCAAAAAUGUGACUGUUAAAAAAUGUAAAAUUGUUUGAAUUCUCCUGACCCUCAGAAACUGCCUCUUGUCAUGUGAGGUACUAGUUUUUGUUUUUUUUAGCUUUACAUUUCUUCACUGUUAUGAUUUUAAUGUUGCUUCUGUCUCAGACUUGUUGUUUAAUUGAAUUUUAAUUGGGUAAAUUGAAAACUGCAUGCUGUACCAUAAAUUUUUAUUAUUGUCUCUGUCUUUGAAAACUUAAAUUAAGCUUUGGUCAUUUUUACAGGUGCUUUAGUUAUUGAUCAUUCAUCGUCUAAUAACAUAGAUGUCAGAGUUUAUAAUGUUUUCAUUCUGUUCAUAUUUUGCCUUUUUCUUUCAGGUUGAUCAUGCACAAACGCAUUUUAAAGAGGCAAUAGAAAGGCAGAAACUAGAAAUCCAUUUGGGCAGUGCUAUGGAACUUCCUUUUACUGAAAACUUUUUUAACAGUGUGUUCCACACAAAUUGCUAUUAUUUUUGGCCAAGUCUUGAUCAAGGCAUUUCAGAGAUGAAGAGGGUCUUAAAACCAGGAGGAAUCAUGUUGACUGGGCUUGUUCAUGACAGCCUAAAGUCAUUUUCAAGUAAAGGAUUUUUUAAAUAUGGACCUAACUGGCGUCCAGAGCUGUAUAUAGAAAAACUUAAGGAAGGAGGGUUUGUGGAUGUUUCCAUGGAGACAGUAACAAAACCUUCUGGCCACAGCUAUCAGGUUAUAUUUGCCUCAAAACCAUAGAUCACAGAAGUUGGUUUUGAUCGAAUCAGGAGAAUCGCAUUUAUUUUACAUACGAAAAUUCAGGACUGAAAACUCAGCAAAACAAACAAAUUAUAAAAACUCCACCACAACAUGUAUCUUUCACAAGUCUGUGGAGAAAGGUUCGACCUAGGAACUGAGAACUGUCACCUCAUAGUGUUAUAAUGUGUAGGUAUUUACAAAAUUUGUAAAAGGUGUUAUUUACAACAGCAUAUGUGUGUUUAAAAAAAACACACACAGUGGAGAUUUAUAAAUACGUGUUCAUUUAACUAUUCAAAACUAUUUUCUAUUUUCACAGCGGGCUGAAAAUAAUAUACAUUAAAAAGAACUAAAUUCGUAAAGGAAACAAACUUAAUUAAAAGGAAAAAUACGCAAACCUAAUAAGUGAAACAGUACAGUAGUACAGUGUACACAAUGAGCGUAGCUUAUAAAGGAAUAUUUAUUAUGGAAAAGACACUAGCACUUACUUAUCUAUUAAAAGAAGUUUGGCCAAU